CACCCAAAACCACCGCUGCAGCCACAAGACCUCCGGCGACGCCAUCAGCCUCAGCCGCCGCCAAGCAGUACCGCCACGACGAUACUUCCUGUCGCGACUCUGUGCAGCCACCGCCCUCAACAAGGCCGCCGCACAGCGGCAGGGCCAGCGACCAUCGCAGGCCUUCGCCCGCCGCUGCCCACAGCAGUGCCGCCGACCGCAGCAACUGCCCACGGAAGGGCCGACUCCGCCCAUCGCUGUACCGCUGACUACAGCAAGCUGCCGUCCACGCUAGCGCCGCCGACACGGCCGGGCAGUUCCCACUCAGCCCUUUCCUCGACCUCUAUCCUUUCGACGGCCGCAGCCUCGAUCACCUACGAUGGAGGAGAUCGGCCAGUACGAGACGUAGUUAAUUCCCCGGUUCUCCGCCGACACAGAAAACUAGGAAAACCCUAAUACGCAACUUCUCGAGGGAAGGAGCCAUUUCCCUCUUGUUGAUCUGGUGUAUGGAGUCCUCGCAGAGCAACAUCCGAGAUGGAUCGGCCGGCGGAAGCGGCGGCGAGGGCGGUGACGGUGGAGGUGGAGGAGGAGGAGACGUGGCAUGGCUUUCUUCCAUCUCCGAACCCGAACUUGAUUUUCUUAUUAGCCUGAAAGAAUUGAUUGUCAGACGGGCAAAAACCAUUGGCCAUAAGUAUCUUGCCGACAAAUUUGAUGUGAAAAUGCUUAGAGCUCUGGGUAUUGUGUUGUUGGAAUAUUUUAAAGAACAUGCAGAAAGUGCCUGUGCUCCCAAAUUGGCUGAGACGUUGGCAUUGUUCAAUGGAUGUGGUUCUGGCACUCAGCCUAGUCAUGCCAAUAUGGUUGUAGGUGAAUCGAUGCAAGCUUCAAGUUUUAUGACCCCAAGGCGUAAGCGCAUGUGGGAAGGCUUAUGUGAAGAGAAACCUUCUAGUUGCAAGAAAUUGAAAAUGCCAAAGAAGUGACCUUUUGUACCAGAUCAUGUAGAAGUUACUCGGUGCAUGCAUCCAUUGAUCUUUCAUGAAGGUCAUUGGACGAUGUUGGUUGAUGGUUUGAUCUCGUUAUUGAACUAUGUGAUGAUUGGAGGCACAAGCAUUUUGUCCAAAAUCUCACUGCUGGUUGGGAUAUCCUAUGGAAGAAAAGGAAUCAUAAAACAUUUGAUUCUAAAAUCAGUGCAGCUGUGGCAUUACCAUGUUAGAACAUUGUUUUUAUGUUCAAAUGGGUUUCUUAUUAGGUUAGAAUUGAUUUGAGCUUAAGCUUGAGACAAUUUGUAUUUCUUUCUAACAAAUGGGUUUGUCUCUUCAUAUUUUUCUUCAAAAAAGAAAUAUUAAUGUGAAGCUUAUUUUCAUACACUUAUCAGGGUUUUGCAACUUCGCCUCUCAAAAUCUUAUGACUCGUAUCCCCUUUUGCUCCUAUGCAACUUGUUUAUCAUCCUAAAAUUUAUGAUUAUGCACUUGUUGGUACUUGAGUUGCUAAUUUACUUGUUUGUUUCUAGAUUCAUGUAAAACACUAAUCAUGCAGAUGAAGUGCAACAAAGUUGCUACUUGCUAGGCAUCAAUAGUCACUAAUUUUGAUCUGGUUUGUCACUUGAUUCUAAAUGCAUACUAAUAUAUUUUUCGUAUGCCAAGUUGUAUACAAGUUAUAGUUUACAUAAAACAUAUUAAUUUUUUAUGUUAUGGUUGAAUUAAAUCUAGAGCUAUUUGUUCCUCAACAAAUCCAACCCAGACCUAGAUUAAAGAAACAGAAUGAAAUUGAACCCAAUGUUCAAGAACAUCACUUCAUAGAUCUGAUGCAGAACAGACAUCCAAAUCUUACAAUUGUAAUGCAUUAGUAAUCCAUAAAAACAAGAAAACAAAAAAUCACUGUUGGCUCAUCUUAACCAUUUACCUUAGUUUCUACUUUUCUUUGCACUGUCAGUCACUCUUUUGCACUGAUUCUAGAAUCCAUUACUAAAUGCUGCUUACUCCCUUGGAAAUCUUGAUCAAGAAUCAAGAUUCUUGAAACCCUCUGGUAACAAACUCUGUUUACUAAAAGGAAGUCUUCAUGUGCAAAUCUUAAUCUUCUUAUCAAUAAGAGUACUUCAAUAUCAUAAGCAAGAAAACAUCAGAAUCAAGUAGGAAGAGGAGUAGGAGCACCAAAACUUGGCUUUCCUCUUAUUCCUCGAUGUUCAGGAAGAGCAUGGCUAGGGUUUCACUGGAGGAGGUAAGGGAAGAGGAGAAAACUAGGGAGGGAAAGAGAUGGCCGAGGAGGAAGGACGAGGCUCCCCAGUCAGCAGCUAAGGUCACUGUGGGAGAUGCCAGGUCAAUGAGGAAUACGAUUCUCGCAAGGCCAAUGUUGGUGGAUGGAUCCCAAAACGAGGAGCAGGAUGAGCCAUUGGUGAAGGACACCGACGAGGAGUUCAACGAUGAUCGUAUGGGAAGAAGAUAAGAAAGAAGCUGCAGCUGGAUAACAAGACUAGGAC